GCCUCGCGCCGGACCCGCGGGUGCGUCACUUCCGGCUUCUGCUGCCCGCCUCGCCUCCACUUCUCCCCGGUGCGGGGGGAGGCUGCGGAAGCCGGCUGCAGAAUGACGCCCACGUUUCGCUCCAGCUGAUCCCAGCCUCCCUUGGGACAGGGAAGGGAAAUGGCUGCAGAGGAGCCAGUCCAGGCGUUCCAGUUUCCAAACCUGAUGUCAUCUCCCAGGUGGAAGAAGGGGAAGAGCCAUUGGUCCCAGACCUCCAGGAUUCAGAGGAAAAAGAGAUCCUGAGAGCUCCCUGCACAGGUGAUGUGAUGGUGAGUGAGAAUGAGGAGCAGAAGUCUCAGCAGGAAGAUGCUGAGCAAGUGGAAUCACACGGAGCAUUAUCGCAAAGAUCCAAAGAGAAAGUGCCCACGAUUCAUGAGCAGGGAAAAGUCUUGGAGAUUCAGCGUAGUCCAGAGAGUGAGCAAGGAAACCAACCAGGGGAGAAAAUGGGAAAAUUAAUUUACUCUUGGGGAACUCACAAGGACCUCAAAGAAACCACAGCCCAGCAGAAAAUCCUCAGAGGAAAGAGAAAAUAUACAUGCAGUGAGUGUGGGGCAAACUUCAGUGACUGCUCAGCCCUUAUUGCUCAUCAGAAAAUCCACACAGGAGAGAAACUCUAUGAAUGCUGUGAGUGCGGGAAAAGCUUCAAUCGCAGCUCACACCUCACUCGACAUCUGAGAAUCCACAUGGGAGAGAGACCCUAUGAAUGCAGUGAGUGCGGGAAAACCUUCAAUUGCAGUUCACAGCUCACUAGACAUGAGAUAAUCCACACAGGAGAGAGACCCUAUGAAUGCCAUGAGUGUGGAAAAACCUUCACUCUCAGCUCAUAUCUUACUACACAUGAGCGAAUGCACAGAGGGGAGAGGCCCUUUCAGUGCUCUCAGUGUGGGAAAAGCUUCACUAGGAGCUCAUCCCUUAUUAGACAUGAGAGAAUGCACACGGGAGAGAGACCCUAUAAAUGCUGUGAGUGUGGGAAAACCUUCACUUCCAGCUCAAACCUUAUUCAACAUCAGAGAAUCCACACAGGGGAGAGGCCCUAUGAAUGCAGUGAGUGCGGGAAAGCCUUCAAUUGCAGCUCCGAGCUCACUAGACAUGAGAGAAUCCACACAGGAGAGAGACCCCAUGAAUGCAGAGAGUGUGGGAAAAGCUUCACUCUCAGGUCAGAUCUUACUACCCAUGAGAGAAUCCACACAGGGGAGAGGCCUUUUCAAUGCUCUCAGUGUGGAAAAAGCUUCACUAGGAGCUCAGACCUUACUAGACAUGAGAGAAUCCACACGGGAGAGAGACCCUAUGAAUGCUGUGAGUGUGGGAAAAGCUUCAUUUCCAGCUCAAAACUUAUUCAACAUGAGAGAAUCCACACAGGGGAGAGACCCUAUAAAUGCGGUGAGUGUGGGAAAGCCUUCAGUUGCAGUUCAAAGCUCACUAGACAUGAGAGAAUGCACAGGGGGGAGAGACCUUAUGAAUGCUGUGAGUGCGGGAAAACCUUCACUUACAGCUCAGAUCUUACUACCCAUGAGAGAAUCCACACAGGAGAGAGGCCCUUUCAAUGCUCCCAGUGUGGGAAAACCUUCACUAGGAGCUCAGAUGUCACUAGACAUGAGAGAAUUCACACAGGAGAGAGACCCUAUGAAUGCAGUGAGUGUGGGAAAAGCUUUAUUUCCACCUCAAAUCUUAUUAAACAUCAGCGAAUCCACACUGGGGAGCGCCCCUUUAAAUGCGGUGAGUGCGGGAAAACCUUCAAUUGCGGCUCACAGCUCACUCGACAUGAGAGAAUCCACAUGGGAGAGACACCCUAUGAAUGCUGAGAGUGCGGGAAAACCUAUACUCUCAGCUCACACCUUACUAGAUAUUGGAGAAUCCACAUGGGAGAGAGAUCCUAUGAAUGUGAAUUCGGGAAAACCUUCAA